CUCCUCUGGGCUCGAGAAACAACCCUUAUUAUCGCGCUUUUGUGAAUUGUAUCAUGGCCUUUCAAUUAAUCAAACAUAUAUUCAACUUUUUCUAUCCGAACGAGACAGAGAAUCAAAAUGAUCCAGAUCGGCCGGGUCUGCUGCUGAGUUUUGGGGAUCAGUCCUAUGACACUGUGGUCUGGUGGUGCGGUUCCAGAUUCCCAUCAAGUUUGGGAUCACCUCCUGGUGAUGUUGAGCAAGGAGAUCUCGUGGAUGAACUUUGGCAGGACCAAGCUAAGAGGCGUGAGAUUUGCCUCAGAGAAUGGAUCCACUCUUGGGAUACCCCUCGCGAAGAAGACUUGAUUCAAAACUUUAUGUCAGCGGAAGUAUCAAAAGACAUUGGUUCUCGGAGAAUGUUCCUGGUGCUUCCGGUCAAGUCAAAAAAUGGCUUGGUGGCAUGCCUUUGGAUGUUUGAGGAUUCCGAAGAAGCAGGACCUGCAGGCAACCAGCAGUGGGGUUUGGAUGCUGGCCAACAUCACAGGCGAUGGAAUGUGUAUCUCGGAAUUCCUGAUGAAUGGGUUCUGCAAGAGAUUAUAUGCGGCCCCUUAUUCAGUGAUAACUCUGAUGCUACAUCUUUUGAGUCUGCAGACGAGCUAUCCAAAGCUGUAGUUCCUUCUCUGCUGGCCGAAGAAUGCCCGAAGGGCCCAGAGAGGGAGGAAAAGAAAAUAGUUCAUUGGCUUAUGAAUGGCGUGUCAGUGGCCGCAUCAAGGAUCAUUAGUGCCGCGUCACAACUGCGGCAGGCGCAGCAGGACUGUUGUAAAUUCGCAUUCUUGGCUGAAAAGAAGCGCGCAGUAAACAAGGACAAGAAAGCACUGCAAAAGUUGCGCAAAAGUUUCACAAUAAUGGGUUUCAAAGUGUUGGCUGCAUGUUUCGGCUAG